UUAGCAAACGUUUUAGUGCAGUUGAUAUAUUAACAAUGCUAGGGAAAGAAUACUGUUCAGUUAAGAAGUUUGUCUCUCGUGGAUACCUAACGUGUUGAGAUCCGACUAACAAAUUUCAGUGUUUAGCAGUAUAACUUUUAUGUUUAUUUAUACAAUUUUAUACACAAUAAUAAAUAUGAUUGAUUAAGCAUUCAAAAUAACGGCACGUUUUUUUUAUAUUUGAAGGUGAUACAUUUAUAAUAGUAAGUUUAACAAUUGACAGAGGUGAUAAAACCAUGAAUGAAACAAAUACUCAUAUUUUACAACACUUAUACAAUGAGUUAAAAUCAGACAGUACGAUUGACUCGUGGCCAUUUGUUGAUUCGCCAUGGCCAAUAUGCAUUAUUUUAGCACUGUACUUGACAUUUGUACUCAAGCUUGGUCCAAAAUUAAUGAAAAACCGAGAACCAAUUAACAUUAAGUACAUAAUCCUAUUCUACAACUUAAUGCAGACUAUAUUUAAUAGCUACAUUUUGGCUUACCAAUUCAUUAGACCAAACGUUUUUAAUUAUUUGUGGAACCAUGCAUGUCAUCCUGAUUAUACCAAAAGUAACAUUGUACACGAAAUACAUAUUGCUUCAUGGUAUUUCGCCAUUUCAAAAAUCAUAGACUUAUUAGACACGGUGUUUUUUGUAUUGAAAAAAAAACAAUCACACAUUUCAUUUUUACAUGUUUACCAUCAUGUUAACAUGGUCAUCACUUGUUUUGUCCAUCUCCGAUUUGUCAAAAGUGAAAAUGCUGCAAUCGGUACCAUUGUUAAUUCAUUUGUCCAUGUAGUCAUGUACAGUUACUAUUUCUUAACAGCGCUUGGGCCAAGCUUCCAAAAAUAUUUAUGGUGGAAAAAAUACUUGACCCGUGUACAAAUAAUACAAUUUAUAUUUGGCAUACUUUAUUGUGUCGGCCUUUUCGUGUUUAAUUGCACUUAUUCUAAAUUAUUCAUUGCAUACAUAUUGGGAGACGUAUUCGUGUUUCUUUAUUUGUUUUUGAAAUUUUAUAAAAAAACCUACAAACCAAAAGGCAAGACCCAGUGAACCCGACAGCUCUAAAGACAUUUAAAUGUUUGUGUGUGUAUAUACUAUAUAUACAAUUUAUAUCGUUAAUUUAUCAUUAAUCAUUAAUGCGUAAGUAACGGUAAACGUAAUUCAAUAUUGAUUAAAGUAAAUAAAAUUAUGAUUUGUUUUAAAAUGUAAAAUUUAUAUAAUAUGCCAUUUAUAUCUUCCAAGCCAUUAUUAUAUUAAAAUUUAAAAUUUAAAACUUGAUAAUGUCUAUUGUUAAUAAAUAAAUGUAAGUUGUGAUUUCAAUUAAGACAUUUGUUAUGUUUAUGUUGCAAAUAUAGUUUAUUUCUCAUAUUUUGUGAGUGCAAUGUUUAAAA